ACACUAGUGUCUGCUGAAGUGGGGGAGAGGCUGCUUGUAGUGGUGAUACAGAACUGAUACGUGACUCAGGUGACAAAUCGACCUGUGUGUAAAGAUUCACCGGGUUGGCAUAUUUUUAUUACUACUUAGAGACCGGCAACAAGGCAUACGACUGUAGAAAUGUCGUAUGAAACAAAAUACAUAUUUGCAACUUUGCCACGAACGCAAAGAGGCCAACCCUUGGUACUUGGUGGUGAUCCUAAAGGGAAAAACUUUCUAUACACCAAUGGAAAUAGUGUUAUCAUUAGAAAUAUCGACAAUCCAGCUAUUGCGGAUAUUUACACCGAACAUUCUUGCCCUGUAAAUGUUGCCAAAUAUUCACCCAGUGGUUUUUACAUAGCUUCUGGUGAUCAAUCUGGUAAGGUCCGUAUCUGGGAUACUGUAAAUAAAGAGCAUCUUUUGAAGAAUGAAUUUCAUCCCAUCGGAGGACCCAUUAAAGAUAUAGCAUGGUCCCAAGACAGCCAACGCAUGGUAAUUGUUGGGGAAGGUAGAGAAAGAUUCGGUCACGUAUUCAUGACUGAAACUGGAACAUCUGUGGGGGAAAUAUCUGGCCAGAGCAAACCCAUUAAUUCUUGUGACUUCAGACCUGCACGACCAUUCAGACUGAUUACCGGCAGUGAGGAUAAUACUAUUGGCAUAUUUGAAGGCCCACCGUUUAAGUUCAAGAAAACCAAACAAGAUCAUUCUAGAUUUGUUCAAGCUGUACGCUAUUCUCCAUCUGGUAAUCUAUUUGCAUCAGCAGGCUUUGAAGGCAAAGUUUUUAUUUAUGAUGGAAACACAUCGGAUCUUGUGGGUGAAGUUGGUUCUCCAGCACAUCAGGGAGGAGUCUAUGGUGUCGCCUGGAAACCAGAUGGUACGCAACUGCUAACUGCUUCUGGAGAUAAGACAUGUAAACUAUGGGAUGUAGAAACUAGAGCGCUCAUUAGCGAGUUCAACUUGGGAUCAACUGUUGAUGACCAACAGGUCAGCUGUUUGUGGCAAGGUGAACAUUUGCUAAGUGUAUCACUAAGCGGUUUCAUCAACUAUCUAGAUGUCAACAAUCCCGAUAAACCACUGAGAAUAAUUAAGGGCCACAACAAACCAAUCACAGUCCUGGCAUUGAGUACAGACAGAAGUACUAUAUAUACUGGUUCUCAUGACGGUUAUAUAACUAACUGGAAUGCUGGAUCAGGAGAGAAUGACCGUGUGCAAGGUCAGGGUCAUGGCAAUCAAAUUAAUGGAAUGAAAGCCGCUGGAGAUUUACUUUAUACCUGUGGUAUUGACGAUAGUUUGAAGGUUGUUGACAUACCCUCCAACAGUUAUACCGGUGCUUCCAUCAAACUGGAUUCACAGCCAAAAGGUCUGGACAUUUAUGGAGAUAUUGUAGUCACGGUUUCUGUCAAUCAGAUAACUGUCGUCCAAGAUGGUAAAAAAGUGUCAGGUCUAUCAGUUGAUUAUGAACCAUCAUGUGUCACAAUCAACCAAGAAAAUGGUGAUGUUGCCGUUGGUGGUACAGCCGAUAAUAAGGCUCAUAUUUAUGAAUUAUCUGGUACAACUCUUUCUCCUAAAACGGAACUACAACAUCUUGGUCCAAUUACGGAUGCCGCCUACAGUCCUGAUAACAAGAAUCUGGUCAUUUGUGAUGCCAACAGAAAAGUGAUCUUGUACGCAGUGCCAGAAUAUCAGAAGCUCGCACACAACAAAGAAUGGGGCUUCCACAAUGCAAGAGUGAAUUCUGUCGCCUGGUCCCCAGAUUCUCUUCUCGUAGCCAGCGGCAGUCUCGAUACUACGAUUAUAAUUUGGAGCGUCACUAAUCCAGCAAAGCACACAAUCAUCAAGAAUGCCCACCCACAAAGUCAAAUUACCCGUUUGGUAUGGCUUGAUGAUGAGACAUUAAUUUCCGUUGGUCAGGAUUGCAAUACCAAAGUAUGGCGUGUGGAAAAAAUCUAAAUCAUCGGUGAAUCUCUCUCUUUUUUGAGAUUGUCCAAUUAUUAUCCAGAAUGCACGUCUUUCUGCUGGGUUUUAGAUGCAUUUUAUUUAUUUAAUUCGUAACUUACAAAUAUUGUAUAUUAUUUUUGAAUACAAUUCUUGAUAUACAAUAAAUUAUACCUAAACCUA